AUUACAGAUCUAACUCAGUGCUGCGGGAGUACAGGAGGUUCUUCUGGUGACAAGUUUUAUAACAAGUAUUACGAACUUACGAUAUUAAUUCAGCGUGACUAAUCUGUCGCUAUGGGGGUCGUGAGAAGAGUCGUGAAACCAACUACGCAUAAGGGUAAAAAAGCUAUAUUGAGGAGGGAAUCCAAAUUGGUGGAAAAUGCGAAGGAAACCUUGUGCUUCAAAGGUAAACAUACCUCACAGAUAGUCACUGACUUUGUGAAGGAUCUGUACGAUUUGAAGAAACCCACUAUACAGAUGAUGCAAAGGAAAAAUGACAUAUUACCAUUCGAGGAUAUCGUACCCAUUGAAAAAUUUGCCUCCAAAUAUAAUGCACCUCUUUUCAUGAUGGCAUUGCACAACAAAAAACGUCCGCACAAUUUUGUGAUGGGUCGAAUGUAUGAACACACAUUGUUAGAUAUGAUGGAGUUCGGAGUCGAAAAUUAUAAGAGAUUAAAAGAAUUUAAGGUCGAAAAGAUCUCAUCUGGAAUAAAGCCGCUGUUGGUCUUCAAUGGUGAACUCUUUGAGAGCAACCACGAGUAUGGCAGAAUCAAGAAUUUGAUUGUCGAUAUGUUUCAACGUGAAGUGGCUGAGAAAAUCAGACUGCAAGGUUUGGAGCAUGUUUUAAGUUUCACGGCUCUCGAGAACAAGAUACUUCUACGUAGUUACAGAAUAUCUCUGAAGAAAUCUGACACAAGGAUACCUCGGAUAGAACUCGAGGAAAUAGGACCACGCGCGGACCUGGUAUGCAGACGUAACAAGUUCGCGUCCGAGGAUUUAUUCAAGCAAGCCUGCAAGAAGCCUAAAGCACUCAAAGUGAAGAAGAAGAAGAACAUUAGCACAGAUACACUUGGCACUACGUACGGCCGCAUACAUGUUGGGACGCAAAAUAUCAACAGCAUCCAAACGAGGAAGAUGAAGGGCCUGAAGAAAACAUCGUCGGCAAAGAGUAGUCGGAAGAGAAAAAUCGCUAAUAGUACAGACGACGCGAAGAAACCCAAAACUGUUACAGAUCCAACUAACUAAAAGGGAUUGUUUUAACUUGUAUUGAAAGUUUAUAAAUUGCUAGAAAAAUGUUAUUUAAUUAAUUUUCCUGCGUAAGACAUAUCUUGUAGUGUAGAGUCUUUUUAUUUUUAUAUAAGUACAGUCGAUACGGUAAAACUGUCAACUGCUCUUCUUGAUGCUGCAUAUCUACAAUAAGUAGAGAAU